CUUGCCAUUUCCGCCUUGAAACGAACAUGUCGCCACGAAAGGAUAAGCGAGAUUUAAGCUAUUGGCUAAAGCAGGCCGCCACUUUGCCCGAUUACGUGCCGCCGGAGCAGCAGGAAGAGGAGCGGAAGAAGCUCCAUCAUCCCGCCUCGAUCCUGUGGUCGCCGCAAACGAAGAAGAAGAACGAAAGUAGUUUUCGCGAAUACCUGUGCUUUGCGGCCAGGUGUUACAGUAUCGAGGAGGAGCAGGCCCUGUUCAUCCUGCGACGUCAGGGCUUCGAUAUACCCUUGGCCCGUCGACGUCUAGAAAAGGUCGAGACCGCUCGCGGAUGUCGCUUUCAUCGUUGGAAAGCCCAGGACCUCAUCCGACUUGCGAAAGCCUUCGAAAAAUACGGCACCAACUUUGCGAAGAUCCAUAAGCAGUUGCCCCACCUUCCGAAGGCCGAUGUACGUCUGUAUUUUUACUACAUGUUCCCGGAGGGUUAACUUCCAGGUUAAAGUCAGACGAGUACUUUAGCUUGAUUUCAACAACUUAGAAUGCCUCAAAUGUUAUCUGUUGUUAAAAAACUGGCAUAAGUAUUUAAACUUGGACAUUGUUAAAUGAAUAAUAAGUAAGAUCGCCUGAUUCCAAAAUAUUGUAAUCCUACAUUGAUAAAUCGAAUUUGUCCUCCGAGAAUUGACAAGUAUACCUCAA